AUGGCGAUAGACGUGGCUGACCCCAGGGUCAACACGAGUUGGUCUAGCGCGGCAGACGACACACCUGCCAGCCUGCAUGUAGCAGACGACACACCUGCCAGCCUGCAUGUAGCAGACGACACACCUGCCAGCCUGCAGGUGUUCACCAUGGUCAACUACGUCAUCUUGUCCGGCACCAUUAGCGCCGUGGGUAUCGUCUUCAACAUCAUCAACGUCAUCGUCUUCACCAAGCUGGGUUUCACCGACUCCGUCAACGUGACGCUGUUGUGGCUGUCGGUGACUGACACGAUGGUGCUGCUGUUGAUGGUGGGAUACAGCCUGGUGCACAACCCCCUGCUCGCCCAGCGGUUCUCACAUCACGACUAUCUCGAAGCCUUUGGCUACCUCGCCUUCUUCUGGCCCCGUGUUGUGUUUAAACACAUCUCCAAAUGUCUGACAGCUUUCUUGGCGUUCGAGAGAUUUCUCUGUAUCUCCCGUCCACUCAAGGUCAAGGCCAUUAUAACCCACACAACGACCUGCGUUUCGAUCACUGCCAUCUACGCUCUGAACAUUCUUGCCGUCGUCCCGAUUUACGCGUGUUUCAGUAUAGGUUUGACCUUUGACACUUUGACCAACGCUACAACCGCCGGUUUGGUUACAUCGCCAGACGCGCCGCAGUUACAGAACGUCACCAUGACGACAAAUAUGUUUGUACACAUGACGUCGUUCGUGCUAGUUACAACAUUCACCAUUGGUCUGCUAAAAAUAUUCCACCGGAAAUCCCAGUGGCGUCAUUCUACGUCAUCAGCGGGCAGGAACUCUUCAGCGUCCAGCCGUGACGACAAGAUGGUCAAGCUGGUCAUCCUGGUGUCCAGCGUGUUUGUCACGUGCUCCUUCCCCAGUUUUGUCGGCGCCGUCGCCAUGUUGCUGGCCGAAGACUCGGCUCUCUUCAAUGACGUCAUCCUGGUCAUGUUCUCCGUCUUCUUCGUGCUGGACUCUAUCAACGCCACGGCCAACAUUUUCAUCUACAUCAACAUGAGCUCCAGGUUCAGGCUGACCCUACAGCUCAUGGUCAAGGACGUUUGGAGCGGCAGUCCCAGGCUGAAGUAA